GUAAGCAACAACACGACAUAGACGGAAUAAAAUUCUAACAAUUUUUCGCUUAUAAAUAUUUUAUAUGACCACCAAUUGAAUUUUAUUUUUUUAAUAUUUUAAACUUUGCCUUAUUUUGGACGAAAUUAUUUGUUGUUGACUAAAAUUGAAAACACACGCGGAGAAUACUUCUAAUCGGAAAAGAAUACAUUUUAAGACUGGAUAAAAUUAAGGACACGGAUUUGGAUAUCUAAAGCAUAAGAUACUGUUUAUUUAUAUUCAAAGAAAAAAAAAGAGGUACUAAGCCCACCAAUAUAGAACCACCCGGUCAAUUUUGAAAUAUUUUUGAGUGAACUGUGUAUUACAAAAUAAUUAUGAGAAGUGAGACAAAUAUAAUUCAAAAAUAAAAUACCCAUGAAUUAGAAAAUUAAGUGAUAAUAAAAGUUCUUAAGUGAAUUAUAAAAAAUCACCGGAGCAGUAUCGCAUCAGCUAUCAGAUAAAGGAUUAACUGUUAAUGGAACUUUACAAAAUGAUUGGAUUAACUGAAAAAGGAUUACAUAAGAAUUGAAAACGCCACCACAAUGUCUGCAAAAGAAUAUUUUACAAAAUGAAUGCUGUCCUACAGUUUGAAAUUUCAUAAAUACAAAACAAAAACAGGACACUCGUGCAAAUGCUCUUAUCUACCACACAAUCCAACCAUCUUACCAAUAACCAACAGCGAUAGAAAAACCAACAAAAAAUAGUUUAGUUUAAAAUAAACAAUAGAAAAAUAUGAACAAUAUAAUGGACACCACAUCAGCGCAACAACUAACAACCACAAUAUGUCCACCUAGCAGUAGCCGAAGCCCCUCGCCGGACGGCUCGCAGGAUUACGAUGUGACGCGCAUGAAGGAGGAAGAUUUUGAGCGGUUGGCGGUUUAUAUUGUGCCUGAUGGACAAUGUGAACGAGGUGUACCAAAUAGGGCGGACAAAACUCUGCCAAGGAGUUUGACCUUAAGGCCAUCGAUGGUGUUAUCAACGCCAAAUGUUAAGACUGAAGGAGUAUGGAGCACCGGUGUUAUACCACGUGGUACAAGAUUUGGGCCAUUUGAUGGCGUUCCAACUCCAAACUAUCCCAACGAUAAGAAUGCCGCAAGAUAUUUCUGGCGGGUGCAGGGACAGUGUCAUGUUACCUAUGGAAACAUCAAGAUCUUUAAAGAUGACGAUUUCUACUACCUUGACGGUUCGGAUCGAUCACAAUCGAACUGGAUGCGUUAUGUUGCCUCAGCUUAUAGCCUUUCGGUUAUGAAUUUGGUAGCUUGCCAGCAUCAGGAUAACAUCUAUUUCUACACCAUUCGCGAUAUUAUGCCCAAUGAGGAGCUCAUGGUGUGGUAUUGCAAGGAUUUUGCCAAACGGUUGGGCUAUGAUGUUGACCCUGAGCGAGUAACUUACACCAUUUGCCAGAGUAAGGAGGAGGAACCAGAGGAUUCAACGGCGAUAGCGACAAAGAAAACUUACACUUGUAUGCAGGCCCCGGAAAUUCCCCCAGAGGUUGCCUACAACCACAUAACCUACGUAAUGGGCUUACAUAUUCCGUCGAGACGAAGCUCCCUCACGCCGAGUCCAUCACCACCGAUCACUUCGACUGCAAACAGUUCACACCAUAACCAUAAUCAGCAAACCAAUACCCAGCAACAGCAGCUACAGCAACAGCAGCAGCAGCAACCACAUCUCCGACACACCAAUAGCCAUCAGAGUGUGCUGCAUUUAAAGCCCGAGCCAGAUCAGAACCGUAUUCAAGUAAUUGUGCGUGAUCGUUCGCCAUCGGUUAGUGAUUAUGGAAGUGGAAAGGACAAAGACGUCCAAUCGCCGAUCUCUCACAAAAGUGAAGUCCCAUACGAGCACCAACUACUCAUUCCGAAUGAUGGGUCAGUGCGUUCGGUGAGAUCGGAUGAGGGCUAUCACAGCAAUGAGUAUCACGAGGAUGGACUUACACCGCCUGAAGAUUCUAGCGACAGCGAGGAAAGCGAGCACAACUACGUGUUGGAUUGCUCGAAGAAAGCCAUCGAACCCAAAGAGACUGUAAUCACACAAAAACUCAACGAUUGUGAUAAGAACGAGUACCGCAAGUUCAAAGUGAAGUUGCCCCUUAAGUAUGAGUUCAAAAACAACAAAUGCAUUAAGACUGAAUUUGAUAAGGACAGCACUGUCACCGGAGUGACAACAACGACAUCGUCAGCAGAUGAAGAAAUGGUCUUGACCACACUCACAACUGCCCCAAUGGAUGAAGAGCUUGUAAAGAGGGUGCAAGCCUCGACAACCACAUCGACACCGGCCACAAGUACAGUGAUUGUGCUGGAAGGCACCCAAGAGCCGCACACUAUUGUUCCUCUAAACAAGCCCUACUACGAGGCUGAGACUUCAUCGCCGCCUCCACAGGCCUACAUGCGAUUCACCCCACCAAGCUCAAGUAUUCUGGAGAAUAUUCUAACGGGCAACAGAACUGCCGCCACGAGUUGUAGCAGUAUUGACCAAUCAUCACGUCGACAGCCCAAUGCAACACCACCGCCCACUUCACCAACUGAGAUGGCUUACUCGUACAAAAAAUCCCAUCGCUACGGAAAUGCCGUGAGUCCGGAUUCUAGCUCGAAUCUUGCACAGCCUCCGCAGCACAUCCACGACACAGAUAUUGUUAUGUCUUCAUCGUCGAGAAGUGGUCUGAAGAGUGAAAGUCCCCAACCACCAAAUAUCGUGUACUCCACGACGCAAACCUAUCAAGACGGCCACCAGACACCACCAUACAACACUUACUCCACCUAUACCACCUCGAACGGAACCAAUGUUAUAUCGCAUGCCCCAACUUCAACGUACUCGCCACCACACAGCAACAGUCCAUUCGAUCGGAGUAUGCAUGGUGGCUCCACACCAAAUCUGCAUCUUCUCCAGAACAGCACUCAAAUGCUCACCCAUCCCCACAUGCAACCACUCGCUCCUCUUCAAAGACUGUCUCCCCUCCGCAUAUCUCCACCCAGUAGCUUAAGCCCGGACGGAAACUCGUGCCCUCGUAGUGGAAGCCCUUUGAGUCCAAACUCCUUGGGAUCUCGUGGCUACCGAUCACUGCCGUACCCGCUCAAAAAGAAAGACGGAAAAAUGCACUACGAAUGCAAUGUUUGCUGCAAAACUUUCGGCCAACUUUCCAAUCUCAAAGUCCAUCUUCGCACACAUUCAGGUGAACGACCAUUUAAGUGCAAUGUCUGCACGAAGUCAUUCACCCAGCUGGCACACCUCCAAAAGCACCAUCUAGUGCAUACGGGCGAGAAACCACAUCAGUGUGACAUUUGCAAGAAACGAUUUUCAUCAACAUCGAACUUAAAGACACACUUAAGACUGCACAGUGGACAAAAACCAUACGCAUGUGAUUUGUGUCCACAGAAAUUUACCCAGUUCGUGCAUUUAAAAUUACACAAACGUUUGCAUACAAACGACAGGCCGUACGUAUGCCAGGGAUGUGAUAAGAAGUACAUAAGUGCAUCGGGCUUGAGGACACACUGGAAGACGACCAGUUGUAAGCCAAAUAAUCUGGAAGAAGAGCUGGCAAUGGCGGCAGCAGCUACUUCAGAAUGUUUAGGACCAAGUGAUAAAGACCUCCCUGAACCUGAUUCUCGUGAGGCAUAUGAACUCCAGCAACAAAUCCAUGCCCACACUCAUCCACACCUGAGGCACAUCGGGCAUCACUCACCGCCACGACUGAUCACAAUUCACGCACAAUCACCAUCAAGCAACCACCACCAGCAGGUACAUCACCAAAUCUCAUCCCCCUCAGCCCAACAAAACCAGCAUCAGCCCCUCCACCACCAGCAACAUUCCCAGCAACAUCUGACAAUUCAGCAACAGCAGCAGGUAGUGAUGCUCACCAAUCCCAAUGCUCACCAUCAACAAUCACCACCGCAGCAACAGCUCUUACCUCCUGCAACAAUGUUGCUGACAACAGCAGCCCAUCUGCAGCAACACAAUCAUUCACAUCAGCACCACCAACAGCAUCAACAUCACAUACACCUGCAACAUCACCAACAACAACAACAACAGCCCCAUCCCCAACAUCAACAGCAACAGCAACAUCAAGCCAUCAAGGCUUCCAUGCAAAAGGGUCCAAAUAUCAUGACACACGUCGUACAAACCAAUAAUGCCACAACGAAUCCCAGUGACCAAUAUGUGGUAGCAACAAGCCACCAGCACCAGCACUCACAUCCGCACUCACAGUCGCAAGAAUCUCGGCCAACCGUGAUCGAAUCCAAUCAACCAAUGAUCAUCGAGUGUACAUAAAAUGUUUAUAAACAAUGAUUCUAAGCAUUUCUAAUGUUUCUUAAGUGAUUGAGCAGAAAAUGAUGCAAUGAAAGUAGGGCUUGAGGAACAUGCAUAAAUACAAAAGAAACAAAACAAAACAUCCCUUAACAUACGUAGUUUUUAAGUUGUAAAUAAUAGACAUUUAAACAAAAAGUACAUUCAUAGGUUUAUAAAUAAAUUGAUUGACAGAUGUGUAUGAUGAGCAUUCAAAACAAUUGAGUUUUUUUUGUGUAUUUAAUUGAGAUUAGUUGAGUGAAAGUGUAGCACAAAUUAAAAAACAAAAAAAUAUAUAAAAAUCCUUGAUCUUAUAAUCAAAAUUUCGAUCUCAUUAAAAAUUGGCAAACCCUUAUUAUUUGUAGCUUUUACUCAAAAAUUUAUUUCAUACCCUUUUUUUCUCCCUCAACAAAACAAAAAACAAACCUCUCCUUGUGUUCACUUUUAUUCUUAGAAAAAAAUAACAAGAAAGCAAAGUAUUAUUAUCUAAAUCUUAAAACCAACAUUUUAGCAAAAUGUACCUUAACAAAAAAUUUAAAAAGUCCCAAUAAUUAAGACGAAAAAGUUGCCUUAUUUUGUUCACAUUUAUUACAUUUGUUUUCAAAAGAAAAUUAAAUAAAAUUGUUUAAAAAUAAAUUUUAAACCUACAAAAUUAUUGUAAAAAAAACAUUUAUUGAUAUCCCUGUACAUAAUAUUACUUUCCGUGUUUUUUUUUAUCAAAUUUAUUUAUCAUUUUUUUAAUCCAAACGUAUAAGAGAAGAAAAUUAUCUAUAAACAAAAAAGAGAAAAAUACAAUUUUCAAGAAUUUAUAUAUUGACUUGUAAUAUUCCUAUUAUAUGAUAUCUCUAAAAAGCUAUAUUUAUUAAUUUUAAAUUUAAUUCAAAACAAAACACGAUAUAUAUGUAUGUAAAAUGCAAUUGUACAUAAAACAAAACAAAAAAAACAUAAAAUUAAUUAUACUAGGCUUACAAUUAACAUUUAAAUACAAAACAAAAACUUAGCUGAAGAUCGGUGCUUUUGACCUGUUUCUAUUUGUACGACGUAUUAGUAAACAUUAAAUUUAUGCGUUUUUAUCUUUAAAAUGAAAAAAAAAAAACAAAAAUAAUAAUUAAAAAUGCAGUUAGAAUCUUUUUCUUUUUUCCAAAAAAUAAAAAAAUAGUUAAAUAAUAAUAAAAUAGUAAUCAUCAUGCAUGUGAAUUGAUACAGCAAUAUCCACACACACAAAAAACAAAAUACAACAUUUUCAAUAAUCAACAAAAAACAUACAAAUUAACAAAUAAAAAUAAAAUGAUCAACAUUAUACAACAAAACUUACAAUUUAAAACAAAAAAUUUAUUGUUAACGUACAGUGGCCAAAUAAAGCAGGUAAUAAACAAUUUUUCUACAUAUUAACAAAUACAACAAAAGAAAAAUAAAACAAAAUAUUAGCCUAAGUCUAAAAAUCAACAGAAACCUAAAUUAAGAAUUUUAUUAUUGUACAUUUUUAAAUAAGGAAAAACCCCUUAACGACCAUUACUAUAAAUAUACAAAAACCAAACACAUUUAAAAAUUACAACAAAAAGAGUAUAUAUCACAAUCAUUCAUUAACAAUAUUUAAAUCAGUAAUUGGCAAUUGUUUAACCGGAACUACGUUUUCUAAACCUCUUUUUUUUUAAUUUGUUCUAAUUUAAAAAAAAAACAAUAUCGGUUGUGGAUUAAAACUAUUCCAAUUGAUUAUUAUUAUUUUUGUUUUUCCUUAAUUCGAACUAAAUUAUUUAUGCUUUAAUUUAUAAAGAAAAAAAAAGUUAAUCCCACCGAUAAAUUUUAUUUGUUAUUUCUUUGAAGUCAAAAUUCAUUUCAUGAACUAGAUUCUCUUUAUGUAAAUAAUUCUAAAAAGAAAUUGAUUAAAAUUGUAAAAAAAAACAACUAUACGAAAAAAAAAAUUAACUAUACAUAUUUAAACAACCUAAACAAAAAUGAAUUAAUACAAUUUUUAUUUUUUUACAUAAAGACAAAUUAAUAAAAAUAGAGAAAAAAAAUUAUGAAAUUGAAAAAAUAACAAAAAAAAUUAACAAUAAUUAAAUUUUAAGCUUAUUUAUGAGGCUGAUUAGUUACGUACAUACCUAAUUAUCAAUAUUUAUAAACAAAUAAAUGAAUAAGAAAAAAUUAUAUAGUUGGAGAUUUAAUAAUGAAUUAAAAAUAAACACAAAAACAAAAACACACAUGCAAUAUCAAUAAAUGUUUUAUGUAUAAAUGUGAAUGUGCAUGUAUAUUCUAUUAUAAUAGUAUUAAUAUUCAUAAACAAAAUUUCAAUUCAAUUAAAAUUUUGUGUAUUUAUUUUUACUAUUAUAUAAUUUUGUAAUUUAAGUUUUACAUUUUAUUAUUAUUUUUAAAUGGCCUAAAAACAUAUAAUUAUUUUUUUAAGUUUUAGUAAAAGAAUUAGUUUUUUAAGAUGAGAAUUAAAAAUGCAAAAGAAGAAAGAAAAUGAAGAAGACGAAAAUAAAAAUUAUAUUAAAUUAA